UGAAGGAUUAAGACAGACAAUGGAUAAGAUGCAGGUGUCGUCUUCAUCAUUCAUCCUGUUGCUUCUCCUUCAGAUACAUUAUGGUUUGGCUGCAGAAUGUAGUAUAGUCUCAGUGACAUCUCCUUCAGCAUCUACGUUGAACAUCAAGUGGAACAGCUCUGCUAGAGACAGCCUUUAUGUCCUAGAUUUGAGAGUCAUGAACUCGACCAGCGUUGCACCACUGAUGCUGAUGCAGUCAGCGUCCAGCACCCAGAGGUUGGUGCAGGGCUUAAGAGCUGGACACGUUUACCAGGUCACACUGUCAGCCUUUGACGAAGCUUAUGUUCUGGUGUGCACAGCUUCAACGACAACAAUGACAGUGCCUGAUAAAUCCCAGAUUACAUCUUCUCAAGCUAUUUCAAGCACUUCUAUAACGUUUCAGUGGUCCACUGUGACAGGGGCGGACGUCUACAUCUUGUUUGUGGAGGAGACGUUUCGCUCUCCUCCAAGGAUUUACAACCAGACCUUCACUUCCUCCAGUGGACAAAUAGGAGGCUUGACGCCAUCAACAACGUAUGAUUGUUAUAUUUACUCCUCCAACGUUGCAGGGAGAGGUGACAAAAGCAACGUACGGACAAUAACAACAUUGGUGCAGCCGCCAACUGGUGUGACUCUUACCCCGACUGGGAAAAGCACGGCCCGCGUGACGUGGAACUCUGUGAGCAAAGUCCUGCUUUACCAAGUGGCUGUGAGAAACGAAGGCAACCCGGACAAACCGCCUGUUGUAAGAAACUCGUCUUCCACAUCCAUGGAUAUCAGUUCUCUGGAGCCCUGCUCCACCUACACAGUUGGAGUAUCAUCAGUCAACGUCUUCCUGGUUCCUGGAGAGCCCUCCACUGUCACAUAUAAUACUACUACUAUAGGUGGAGUGACGACAGUGUCUGUGGACUACAGCUGCUCCACCAGUAAAGUGACUGUAACUUGGGAUGCGGUGUUUGGGGCUAAGCUGUACAGGGCCGUGGCCGUCGACGGCUCUGAGGCCUCCCUGAACUGCACAUCAGUCUCCACCAGUUGUCAGAUCGCUGAGCUCAAAUGUGGAGAAAACUACAAGGUUCACGUCACGACCAUCUCUGAUGACUGUGAAAGCACCUCCAACAUCACAGCCACGUUUGAGACAGUCCCCUGCGCUCCGGUUCAUCUCCAGACCACACAUGAAUGCUCCUCCAACGUCAUCGUCUUCAGCUGGGAGCCAACCAAUAACACCAACUACUAUGUGGCCACGGCUGUGGACAACACUGGCAAAACCACAGAGUGCAGGACGCUGGACAAGAUGUGUUACUUCACCAAUGUGGGCUGUGGUCGGUUCUACACGUACAAAGUGUAUGCCGUGAGCUCAGAGUGCAACAGCCAGAUCAGCGAACCCAAGACCAUCCAGACCUCUCCUUGUUUCCCAUCAAACGUGAAGACAGAAGCUGACUGCUUCACAAAUACUCUCAUCACAACCUGGGACUACGCUAAAGGAGCUUUGUUAUACAAUGUCAAGGCUGAAGGGAACAACGGAGAAACCUACAACUGCUCCUCCUCAAACAAUACCUGUGAAAUCACCAGUGUGCCGUGUGGAGAACAGCUCAGCGUGUGGAUUGUUGCCUCCAACGACAACUGCUCCACUGACAGAGUGUUGGUAGAAGCGGCUCAGACCGCUCCCUGCACUCCCAUCAAUGUCUCGGCAUCAGCAGAGUGCAGUCCGGACUCUGCAAGAGUCAACUGGAUCGCGAGCCCUGGGACUAUAUUCUACAUUGUUCUUGCUGAAGACGCAAAUGGGAAUUCAUACCAUUGCUAUUCACUGGGAACCACCUGUUUCAUGAGAAACUUGGCAUGUGGACGGAAUUACACCACCAAAGUCAUUGGCAAUAAUAUUGACUGCAACAGUACAGCAAGUCAGGAGGUUCAUUUCAUGACAGCACCUUGCCCUCCGACAAACAUUGAGGCAAUCAGAGACUGUGAUGCCAACCAGGCUGUGAUAGUCUGGCAGAACCACCAGACGUCAGGCGUCUACACGGCGCUGCUGGAAGAUCAGGGUGGCGCUCAGCUCAACUGCACCAGCAAAACGGUCAACAACUGCACAAUCCUCUCUCUGCCAUGUGGAAAGAAAUACAACGUCACUGUUACCUACAGCCAAGGACAGUGUCAGUCCACCUCAGCAUCUAUUGGCAUGGAAACAGUGCCUUGUGGUCCAGAGGACGUCAACGCCACUGUCAGCUGUAGCUCAGAUGAGCUAAAGGUUUCCUGGAGCAUCGCCGUUCCUGCAAAGAACUACACCGCCAUCGUAUCCAGAGCAAUGGGCCAUCGUCUAUCCUGUAACUCCACAGAGACCCGGUGCACUGUGGGAGGACUGCAGUGUGAAAGCUCCUACACGGUGACAGUUUUCUCCAUCACCGGGAAGUGCCUCAGUCUGCCGAGUAAAGAGGUCAAAGUGCGAACAUUGCCGUGUCCUCCCACCAAUGUCACGGCUGGGCAGGCGUGCAGCCCAGAUCCUGUUUCUGUAUCGUGGGCUCACAGCGGCAAUGCCGAGCUCUUCACUGCCGUGGCUUUGGGUAGCAGAGGUCACAGGGCUGAGUGCAGGUCCAAUGAAACGUCCUGCAGCCUUCCAGGACUCCAGUGUGGGGAGGUUUACUCCGUCAGUGUUGCAGGAGCUGAUAACAACUGUGCAGGUCGACAGAGCAACCCACUGUCUCUGAAAACAGAGCCGUGUUCUCCAUCUAACGUGACCAGUCAGGUGAUGUGUGGUGCUGGAGCCGCUCAGGUGUUCUGGACCCCCAGCAGUAAUGCAGUAAGCUAUAAUGUAAGAGCCACCAGCAGUGGUCAGACCCUCACAUGCAGCAGCUCCUCCUCUAACUGCACCCUGAGUCCACUGGGCUGUGGACAAGUCUACAAAGUCCAAGUGUCUGCCACUGACGGUACCUGUGUCAGUAACUACAGCACCCCCUUCAGGCAGGAACAAGUGCCCUGUGCUCCGGAGAACGUUACUGCAGCCCUGCUCUGUGACACCAACGACUUCACAGUCAGCUGGAAAUCCUCUCCUCUGCCGCUCAGCUACAGUGCGGUGGCCGUGCCACUAGAUGGCAGCAGUCCAGUCACCUGCGACACUAACAGCGCCAGCUGUGUUCUCACGGGCUUUCACUGUGGACAAGCUCUCAACAUUUCUGUGAAAGCCUCCUCUGAGAGCUGCAGCGGACCGCACAGCCCCAUGCAGACUGUUCACACAGGUCCUUGCUCCUCUCAGAACCUAACGGCAGUGAUCGACUGUGGGACAAACUCUCUCCGGGCCUCCUGGAAGGCUUCCUCUGGGGCCUCCUCUUACACAGCGACAGUGACCGGUCCGAAUGGCUUCUCUGAACACUGCUCCACGUCACACCUCACCUGCCUUUUCUCCGGCCUGCACUGCGCCACCAGCUAUGCCAUCCAAGUUGUGUCCCAGGACAGCCUCUGCUCCAGCGCUCCCAUUCAAACUUCCACGACAACAGGCCCUUGCGAUCCGGUAAAUGUGACCAGUGUCCUGCAGUGUGGUUCAGACACAGCCACGGUGUCCUGGGCUAAAGGUGCCGGAGCUGCAGCCCACAUCGUUCUCGCUCAGGAAGAGGGAUCCCGUCAGAAUAUCUUCUGUAGGAGUAACACAACUUCCUGUCAGCUGAACCAGCUGCGGUGUGGAAAAGUGUACAACUUGACGGUACUGGCUGAAGAUGCUACCUGCAACAGCACCGGAGAGACAACAGGAACCUUGAUGACAGCUCCAUGUUCUCCAUCCAUCCAGAGCAGCACACUGACAUGUGGAAACAGUUCUGCUCUACUGAGCUGGACACCAGUGGCCGGCGCUACAAGUUUUACAGCUAAUGCAACAGCUGGGAACGGGCACAGUGUCUCCUGCAGCUCAGACGCAGCUUCCUGUAGUCUGUCUGACCUCCUGUGUGGUCUGACAUACACGGCCUCAGUCACUGCGAGAGGAAAACAGUGUGACAGUCCACCCGGACCCAGUGCCACCAUCACCACAGCCCCCUGCUCUCCAACUGUAACAUCUCGACAGUACGACUGUGGCACCAGCACAGCAGUGAUUAGCUGGUCCAACACCGCGGGAAGCUCCAGCUUCCUCGCUCAGGUAGCAGGGGACGGGCAUCGUGACAGCUGCCGCACUACAAACACCAGCUGCACGUUCAGAAAUCUGCCCUGUGGCUUGGAUUUCAAUGUGACUGUCCAAGCUCAGGGAGCGGAGUGCAACAGCAGCAUCAGCGCCGGCAAAUCCCUCCAAACAGUCCCGUGUGCCCCAGAGAACGUGAGCGCCACCGCUCUGUGCUCCACUCGCUCAGCUUUAAUUACCUGGGUGGGCAACCCCGGUGCUGUUGGACACAAUGUGACGGUGACGGGCCAGGACGGACACACACACCUCUGUCACACCCACUCCACCAGCUGUCAUGUCACAGACCUCCACUGCGGGGAAACCUACAGCGUUUCAGUGGCGCCGUACUCACUGACGUGCCCUGGAGCCCGGAGUGCAGCUUCCAGCUUUAGAGCAGGGCUUUGUCCUCCCAGCAACGUCACUGUGUCGCCUGCUUGUGGGGACAGCGCCAUCUCUUGGACUCGAGUGGCCGGGGCAGAGCUGUACAUAGCAACAGCUACGGCCGAUGGUGGACACAAUCAUACUUGCAGCUCAAACUACUCGAGCUCCUGCAACUUCACCGACCUGCACUGUGGGGAAAUCUACGCGGUCACGGUGGUAACGGUGGACCGGGGCUGCUGGAGCGAGCCGAGCACAGCAGUGACACUGAGAACAGCACUGUGUCCACCUGCUAAUCUGACCGGCCACGUCAGCUGUGAAACAAACACCUUGACCCUCAGAUGGGCGACAGUGACAGAGGCCACCUACGUUCUGCAAUGGGAAAGGAUAGGGAGUGCAUCUCCUCCUUCACAGUACACAACCUCAAACACCUCACACUCUUUGUCUAAUCUGCUCUGUGGAGAAAGAUACGCUGUCCGUGUUGCAGCCCAGGGGGCAGACUGCAGGAGUACCUACAGUCCAGCCCUACAAAUAAGUACAGCUCCUUGUCAGCCCGCAAACCUGACCGUUCGUGUGGACUGUGGGACCAACAAUGGGAAUUUCUCCUGGGCGGAAAGCAGCGGAGCGAGUUUCUAUGUUGUUGAAAUAACCGGGAAGCACGGCCACGUGGCUUCCUGCUCCUCCAACGACACUUCCUGCGCCGUGAAGCUUCACUGCGGCCGCUCGUACUCUGCAACGCUGGUGGCCUCCACUGAGAGCUGCAACAGCACCAAGCACGCCAACAUUUACUUUGACUCUGCCCCGUGUUUGCCAGACGACGUCACGGCUGAGUUAGACUGCAACACCAACGUGAUGAACGUGAACUGGACUCAGACCACCGGCUCAGACGAGUACACUGCCUGGGCCAUCGGCACCGACGGCCACCGAGCCUCCUGCAACUCAACGUCCAACUCCUGCUCCAUCCACCAUCUCAGGUGCGGCAGGAUCUACGACGUGGCCGUCACCUCCUCCUCCAUAAACUGUGAAGUCAUCGUCGGCUCAGACUACAAGGUUCAGUCUGCUCCCUGUAAAGCCGAGAACACCACAGCUCAGCUGAACUGCAGCUCCAACGCGAUGACGGUGAAGUGGCAGGACGGUGGCGCGGCACAGAACUACACAGUUAGAGCCGCCUCUGCCUCGGGUGUGAACUCCACCUGCGACACAGCGGAGAGCAGCUGCUCCUUCCUGGACCUGAGCUGCGGUCAGCUCUACACCUUCACUGUGACGGGAUACACUAACGUGUGUGUCAGCGACAUGAGCGACCCCACAGAGAGGCACACUGCUCCUUGUCCUCCAACCAGCGUCUCAGCCAAUCUCAACUGUACGACACGUAAAACUCGGAUCAGCUGGACCAAAGCGGCAGCCACUGCAGCCACAGCCUACAGCGCUCUGGCGACCUCCUCUGCUGGACACAACGCGUCCUGCAGUGACAUGGGGUCAUCCUGUUACCUGGACCAGCUGGCCUGCGGACAGCACUACUCCGUCGUGGUCGAGGCGAUCCACGCUGGCUGUCCUGGACCUGCCAGCGCUCCCGUCACGUUUGCUACGGAGCCGUGUGUUCCUAUGGACGUCUCUGUCAAUUACAAUGUGAGCGGCGCUUGGGUCACGUGGAGCCGGGCUGAAGGUGCCGCCUCAUACUCGGUUCAGGGGGUGGCAGACAGCGGGUCAUCUGUUUCCUGUACCACCAAUGCCACCAGCUGCUUCCUCCCUGUCCUCCUGUGCAGCCGCAUUUACAACAUCACCGUGACAGCAAGGAACCAGGCCUGUGAUAGCGUCAUCUCUGACAUGUCCAACCUCAUGACAGCACCCUGCCCACCCACUAAUGUCCAAGCAAGCAUUUCUUGUGAUUACCUCACUGCCACUGUAUCCUGGCAGCGGAGCGUCCUUGCUGUGGGAUACGUCGCCUACCUUGACGGCCAAAGUGGACACAACGCCUCCUGCGUUGGGGCAGACGUUGACACGAGCUGCGUUGUGUCUGGGCUGAGCUGUGGCUCUGUCUACAGAGUUUGGGUCAAAGCACUGGGAAAGCAGCACAACAGCACAAAGAGCGCCGUGGUCUCGCUGACAUCAGGACCUUGUCAGCCACACAGUAUCAAAGCCUUUAUGGACUGUCAGACCCACUCUGCCACUGUGUCCUGGCAGCCCAGUGCAGGAGCUGUGUCCUAUGCUACCAUGCUAACAUCUUCAUCGGGCCACACCAGCAGCUGCUCCACCAACACCACCAGCUCCAAGCCGAGCUUCCUGCAAUGCGGUGAAAAGUAUAACAUCACCAUAAAGGCCAUCGGAGAGGCAUGUAACAGCACAGCUCACAUGGCAGGACAAUUCGUCACAGAACCAUGCACUCCGGUCAAUCUGUCUGUCCACCUGAAUGGGAGCGACGCCCAGGUGUCGUGGUCCACAGCAAGAGGCAGCAGCUCAUACUCUGUGUUGGCUGUGACGGAGCAGGGCGUGACCGCCGCCUGCAACUCCACCGCCUGCAACUCCACCGCCUCCCAGUGCUCCUUCACCGGCUUGCAGUGCAGUCAAAUCUACAACGUCACCGUGCAGACCAGAAACUCGGCCUGCAACAGCACCGUGACCUCAGCGCCACACCGCCUCGUUACUGCGCCCUGCCCGCCCACAAACGUUCAAGCCAACAUGUCAUGCGAGCAGCUGAGAGCAACCGUGUCCUGGCAACAGAGCAACCUCGCUGUGGGUUAUGUCGCCUACUUGAACAACCAAAAUGGCCACUCCACCUCGUGCUUAAGCACCAACACCUUCUGCAGUGUGUCUGGGCUGAUGUGUGACACUGUCUACAGAGUUUGGGUCAAAGCUCUAGGAGAGCAGUACAACAGCUCCGACAGCUCUGUGCUCUAUUUUACAUCAGCCCCAUGUCUGCCCAGUCAGGUUGCAGCAGAAGUGAGCUGUAAGUCCGGUACUGAUGCCAUCGUCUCCUGGAACGCUAGUCAACCAACGAACAUCUCGGUCGUGGCCUCCGUCGCAGGAACCCUGCAAACUCUGUGCACAACUCCACAUGGCUCCUGUAACGUAAGCGGCUUAAGCUGCGGGGACACCUACAAACUCAGCCUCAUCGCCACCAACGAGCAAUGCAGCCUCACGGCUCAGACGCACGUCAACGUCACCACCCGUCCUUGCACGCCCCAGCGUGUGUCUGUCAGUCUGCAGUGCGGCUUCCACUCUGCCCUCGUAUCCUGGGAAGAGAAACCCGACGUUGAACUCCACACAGCGAGUGCUGUCAAAUCAUCAGGAGGGGAAUUGAAAAUGUGCAACUCCUCAGGCUCUUCCUGCAGCUUCUCUGGUCUGGACUGUGGAGAAAUGUACAACUUUACGGUUGCAGCAUAUAGUAAAGGCUGCUGGAGUCGAUCCAGUAGCCCUAUUCUCAUCCACACAGAACCUUGCCAGCCUGUGAAUGUUUCUGCUCAGAUGUUGUGUGAGAGUGACGAGGUGCGGCUCUCCUGGGAUCAGCCUGGUUCUCCGGCUCAGUAUUCAGUCACAGCGAAGGGAAGCCUCGGCUUCACGGGAGCCUACAACACAACCCACAGGCUUCUUUCAGCCACUUUACCCUGCGGACAGCACUAUAACCUCACCGUUCAAGCACAGAGCAGCGACUGUGACGGCAUGCCCAGCAGGCCCUUCUACUUCAGAACAGGUCCGUGCGUCCCGCGGGACGUGGUGACCUCGCUGCAGUGCAACUUCAAUGUGGGCUCUGUUAGCUGGGCCCCCAGCGAUGGCGCUGAAUCCUACAUUGCUAGAGCAACUGGCCUGGAUGGGCACACUCACCUGUGCACCACAAACACCACUUCCUGCUCGUGGACUGACCUUCACUGUGGGGAGCAGUACAAGAUUGUAGUGGGAGCCAAAGCUGACAACUGCACCCGCACGUCCAAAACCUCCUCAACCAUCUACAUGAAUUCCUGCAGGCCCCAGAAUUUGGCUGCCACUGUGAACUGUGGCAUGAAGGUUGUUUCUCUUGAGUGGGACGUCUGCAACGGAACAGAAACCUACAUGGUUUCGGCUCAGACAGGAGACACAGUGAUCAGACUCAGCACCAACACCACCACCGCUCUUUUCUCUGACUUCGUUUGCGGCCAAAACUACAACCUCACAGUCACUCCUGUCAACCGUAAUUGUCCCGGCAACCCGAGCAAGUCCACCUCCGUCCAGACCUGGCCGUGCCUGCCAGUGGGGAUCUCCGCCAAGCAGGACUGCAUCUCCAGCAUCGUCAUGGUAUCCUGGGAUUCCUCCAACGGCUCAGAAUAUUACACGGCCAAAGUGCAGACGGACACAGGCAUCUCAGACGUGUGCAUGUCAGACAGAGACGCGUGCAGCAUUGCCAGCCUGAAGUGUGGGCACAACUUCUCUGUGUCCGUCACGGCCUUCAACCGGCAGUGCAACGUCACCUCCAAAGAACCCACAAGUCUGCAGACAGUGCCGUGCAUUCCCACUAACGUCUCUGUGAAAGUGAACUGCUCCAACAACUCGGCCGACGUGUCCUGGUCUCCCAGUCGAGGAGCCCUGCGCUACUCGGUGUUAGCCAAUAGCAGUCACAGCGAUGACAGCUGCACGGCCUCUGACCUCAGCUGCCUCGCAUGCGGCGCCAACUACACGGUUCAGGUGGUGGCGAUGGACGAUAGGUGCUCCAGCCUCCCCAGUCUGCCUGUGCUUUUUGAAUCAGGCCCCUGCCCGCCUCACAACCUGAACGCCGAACUCAGCUGUUUGUCCAAUGACCUGACUGUCACCUGGAAUGCUGUCAGAGACGCUGACCACUUCUUGGUUCACCUAACCGCUGCGAACGGAGAAAAUACCGCCGUAUGCAACACCACAAACACCACCUGCUCCACAAGCAGCCUAACAUGUGGUGACACGUACGCUGUUCAAGUCACCUCUGUGAGAGGCACCUGUCAGAGCGAGCACAAUCAGACUCGCAGCAUCCAGUCAGCGCCGUGUCAGCCUCAAGGAGUCAGAGGCUACCUGGACUGCGUGACCAACUCUGCCUGGAUAUCCUGGGACUCGGCUGCUGGGGCGGAGAGCUACACCGUGCUCGCCGUUGGAGACGGGGCCCACACAGCCAACUGCACCUCCACCAACACAACAUGCGAGGUGGAAGACCUGGCCUGCGGUGUCUCCUACAACUUCACUGUCACUGCUAAGAACCGUCAGUGUGAGAGUCCACCAAGUGCCUCCAUCAGCUUGCAGACAGCCCCCUGCUCCCUCCCUGCUAUCACCGCCUUUGCUCAGUGCCAUAACUCCUCCAUUCUGGUUGAGUGGAAGCAGAUGAGAGGCAGCGCUGGAGGAACCGUGUACGUUGCCACAGCGGAGGCCAGUGAUCAAACCUACCUGUACUGUAACAGCAUGGGCAGCAGCUGCCUCCUCCGGGGAGCAAAGUGUGAUCUCCGUUACACCAUCAUUGUGGCCGCCUCAUCGAACCGCUGCAGCUCUUUGAGGAGUCCGCCCUACAGAAUUAGCAUGGAGCCCUGUGCUCCUAAGGAUGUGUUUGUGGACGUCUCCUGUGAGGAUCGCAGCGCUCUGGUGUCCUGGAGCUCCUCUCCCGUUGCCGAAGUCUACCACGUGGUUGCCACGGGUGCAGACGGGCAUGAACACACCUGCAACUCCACCUCCAGCAACUGCAGCAUGUCGGAGCUGCACUGCGACCAGCAGUACACGGUAUCUGUGGUUGCCAGUCACGAGAACUGCACCAGCAAGGCCAGUCAGAGUGCGACAGUUAACACAGGCCCCUGCCAGCCAAGUGGACUCUCGGUGACUCUCCAUUGUGACAAUCAGUCUGCGGCGCUGACCUGGAGGCCCAGUGACAACGCAAAGGGCUAUUAUGGCUGUGCUCAAGCUGAGAACGGAGACAGGCUUUACUGUCACAGCACAGGUCCUGGCUGCACGAUCGACGGGCUCGUCUGCGGGACGGUUUACAAUUUCUCCGUGCAGGCCUCAGAUGGGACGUGCAAUAGCUCCGUCAGUGACCCGGUGCCGAUUGCAGGAGUCCCUUGUCCUCCUAAAGCUGUUGAGGUGCAGCUGUUCCCGAUGAAGAUGGGGAUCCAGGUGAUGCGCUUCAUCUGGACUCAGGUCUUGUGCGCAGAAACGGAGUACCUGCUGACCCUGACAGGACGUCUGCUAGGAGACGGCCAGGCUCUGUUUGAGAUCUCCUCCUACUGGACCAACAUCACGUACUUUGAGAUCCCUCUUCCCUGCAGUUCAUCCUACGUUGCCACACUGCAGAGCAGGAAUGCGGCAGGAACGAGCGGCAAAUCAACACCCCUGAAUGGAACCACAGCUCCUUGUCCUCCAUCAGGAGUGGCGUACAGCGGCAACAGCGUCUUUGCCACCGUUUCAUGGAACUCAUCGGUGUUUGCCACCAAGUACACGCUGUAUGACGACAGCGUGUCCCCAAGGAAGCGGCUGUGCAGCACUGCGACGCUGUCCUGUUCCCUGUCCAAUGUCUCUUCCAGCAGUCUGGUGGUCACAGCCAGCAACGCUGCAGGAGAAAGUCAACCUGCAAACGUCACAGAGGUUACAGUACAUUUAGUCAGAAGGAGAGAUCUCGGGGAACAAACACCAGAGAAUGGAAACAUUCCCGCGCCGCUGCUGGACGUCAAACAACCCUCGCCAUCUAUCCUGUUCCUCCGGUGGUCUCCGGUGGAGGGCGCUUCCUUUUACAACCUGCUGAUCAGGAACCAAGGCGGCUCCGACGACGACCAGGAGCUCACCGUGUACGGGGAGAGCAUCAUUGUGAGCGAACUGAGGCCCGGCUCUGCCUACUGUCUGUCCGUCUUGGCUGUGACCGCAGACAUGAGCGGACCGGAGUCAGAGCCCGUGUGUGUGCAAAUAGGCCAAGGGAUUGCACUGUAAAUGGAGAAAAAAAAAACAAUAACCCGUGCAGGUAAAUCUUUGCGAUGCAGGUCAGCUAAAGAAAAUAAUGUGGUUGACCAGGUGGAAGCACACUUAAUGUGACAUAUCCUGUACGCAAAGCACAGGGGCUUUAGAUGGAGUAGAUUGUUGAAAAUUGUUUGGGUAGUGUUAUAGUUUUAAGAUUCAAUUUCACACUUUCCCCCCUUUCAUUUUUUUUUCCACUUUUGUAAAUUCUACAGUAACUUGCCUUUGGGAAACAUAUCAGAAAGUGUAUAAACAUGACCAUGCACUUAAGUUUUAAAUGUAUUUUAAUAAUAAUAAUUAAAAGAAAUACAUUUUUAUUAUAAUUAAAGUGACAAAAUCUUUA